AUGGUCGAGAAGCCGGCAUCGUCGACCAGCGACGAGAUGGCAGCGCCAUCAACCAAUGUUGAGAGGCUGCCACCGUCGACUGGCGGCGAUGAAGCAACAUCGGCCAUGGUUGUUGAGCACAGCAACUCAUCAUCACCAUCACCAUCCACCAGCACAGCUGUGGAAGAAGAUUCUUUGUCAGCGCUGGACGAAGGAGGUGCCAAAAGUGUAUCAGUCACAAACUCAAUAGUUUAUAUGUUGGUCAAAGAUAACAUGCCACUUUGGUCGACUGAAAAAGAUGGUUUUAAACUUUUGAUGAAAACUGUGGCACCGAAGUAUAAAAUUCCAUCUAGGAAGACCAUCACCAAACUAAUAAGUUCAAAGUAUGAUUUGGAAAGUGUCACAUUAGGUGUUCUUGAACUACAAGAACGCCAUACAUCAGAAAAUAUCAUUGGGUGGCUUAACAAUCUGCUUGUUAAAUGGGGUAUUGAAAAAAAUCAAAUAAUUCUUGUUGUAACUGAUAAUGGCGCUAACAUAAAAAAUGCUGUGUACAAUUUCUUCGGCAAGGACAAACAUUUACCUUGCUUUGCGCAUACAUUAAACCUAGUGGUUCAAAAUGCUUUAGAUGACACCAAUGACAUUGCCAAUUUAAUUAAUGAAAUAAAACGUUUGGUAUCUUUUUUUAAGCAUUCCGUGGCUGCAACCGAUGAAUUUAAUAAAAUUUCUAAAUUAAAAUUAAAACAAAGCGUUCCUACGCGAUGGAAUUCCAUAUAUUAUAUGUUAGAAAGAUUCAUUAUUUGUUCAGACAACAUAGCAUCCACUAUAGUUAAAUUCCAUAAUAGUCCACCUAUGAUUUUUGGUACCCAGUUAUUCAUUGCUAAAGAAAUAAUGUUUCUACUCAAACCUUUUGAAGCUGCAACAAAAGAACUAUGUGGCCAAAACUAUGUGACGGCUAGUAAAGGUCGAGUAUUUGGAUAUUUUAUCUAUAGCUACUAUUCUAGAUCCCCGAUUCAAAACACUUCAUUCGAAUUGCUUCUUCAAAAGCCAUUGGCAUUAUUAAAAAAAAAAAUAACAGAUAUCAGAACUGAAUGUAGUGAGAGCAGUUCUUCUAACAUAGACAAUUCAUCAGAUGAUGAAAAUCCAGAUAACUUAUGGUCAGUUCAUAAGGAGCUGGUCUCUAAAAAAGCUGUCAAUGAACCUAUGUAUUCAAAUGAAAUGCCUACUGAUUUAAAGCACUAUUUAAAUCAGCCAACUUUGUCAUUAGGUGAUGAUAUUUUAAAAUUUUGGGAUACCCAUGGGCCAAUUUAUCCUAGCCUUAAAAAAGUUGUAGAGCUAACCUAG